AUGAACUUUUCAGUGAGCACUCUGCAUCUGGACGGCGUGGCCCAGCUGUACGAGCACAGGUUGUGGUUGGCGUUCCUCUUCUUGCUGCUCUAUGUCUUUGUGAUGCUGAGUGACAGUCUGGUGGUGUACAUUGUCUGCUCCCAGCGCAGGCUGCACCAGCCCAUGUAUGUGUUUGUGGUGGCCGUGCUCGUCAACUCAGCUGUGGGGAGCACUUCCAUUUACCCCAAGCUACUGUGGGAUCUCGUACAAGGAUGUCGUGUGGUGCAGGUGUCCCGUUUGGCAUGUCUGUGUCAGGCGUUUCUGACAGGUUCGCUCGGCAGCUCCAGCUUCAUGCUCUUGUCGGCUAUGGCUUUUGACCGCUACCUGUCCAUCUGCCGCCCAAUGCGCUAUGCCGCUCUCAUGUCUCCUUACACUGUCACUGCCCUUCUGCUGGUCUGCUGGAUGUUGCCCGCAUGUCGUGUGGCAGGGGCUAUGUUUUUAAGCAGUCGCCUUCCAAUCUGUUACACUCAGGUCACCAGAAUCUACUGUGACACAUACACAUUUAUUAGUAUGAGUUGUGGAGGUGCAUCGACUCGAAUUAGCAACAUGUAUGGCCUAAUGAGUGCUACAAUAACCAUUUUCCUACCUGUCACCUUUGUGCUUUUCUCUUAUGGCAGAAUUCUAGUCAUUUGUCUGAAGCGCUCCAGAACGUUCAGCACUAAGGCUUUGAACACAUGUCUGCCCCAUAUACUUGUCUUCAUGAAUUUUUCUCUCACUGCCUCAACUGAAUUGUUGCACAGGCGCCUAGAGUCUCAUAGUGUUACAGUGACCACAUCUAUCCUUGUAGUGGUGAUUCCAACUGUCUUCAACCCAGUGGUCUACGGGCUCAAAGUGGCAGAGAUAUACAAACAUGUUAAAAGGCUCCUGCGCUGCCCGAGAACAGCUAAAACAGAACCAUUCUCAACAUAG